AUGUUGAUGUAUAAUAAAAAUCACCUUUUGAGAAUAUGUAGAGCUUUUGCGGUUUCUAGUAGAAAACCUUCCAAAGCUAAAAAACCAGAUUCCACUGAGGAAAUACUUGAACAACUCCAACAAUAUGAUACUCCACUCACAUCAACUAUUGUCAGUAGUGACUCUGACACAUCUGAUUGGAAACCAUCAAAAAAUGAGCCGAAACCAGGAUUUGUAAUCCCUACCAAGUUUAGAAUCGGCCUUAACCAAAAGAUAUCUCAGCAGGAUAUUAUAACUAGUUUCAUAACUAAUGGAUAUUGUAGGAACAUAAAGUACAGUAGAGAUACUGACUGGAACUAUACUUAUACAGACUUCAGUGGCUUGAGAUACCCAACCUUGGACACUUCAAGAAAUAGAAAUUACUGGAAGGAAAGUAGACCCAUAAUAAAGGAAUUCAGCCUACUGCACUACAUUAAGAGAAAUAAGCUUUGUAAUGUUGAAGAUAAGAGGAUCGAUUUGGCUGAGCAAAGAUUACAAAUUAAGGAGGCUUCAUACAGAGAUAAUGUGGGAUACAUACAUACAUCCAAUGAACAAGAAGACCAUGAAUUGGAAUAUAAAGGAGAUAAGGAUACAGCUGAUUGGGUGUAUAGACAAUCUGUAAUAGCGGAAUCAAUGAAUUCAUUUCCAUAUCCAUCAACUAGGUAA